GGUGAAUAGGACUUUGGCGCCCUCUGGUGGAGGCCAUCCUGUGGGAGGAGAGGGCGCAGGUCCGGUUGUUAUGGUGAAGCAUUUCCCCAGAGGGCUGGCUGGAGCAGCAGGAGCAGAGGACAGCAGCUGAUUCGGUUUCACUGUCGCAGAGCUGCUCAGGACCUACAGCUGACCUACAGUUCAACAGCUACAGACAGGCGACAGUGUUGUCGACCUAUGGAGGCUUAGUGUGCUGCUUUCUUCCUGAAGACCUGCUGAAAAAGGCGCUAACAACAAAAACAUCAAGUUGGUCUGUCCACUCAACACCAAAAGCAAUUUGAAUCCUGAAUCCUUUUAGCUUUCACUACCUUGUGAUAAUUCUUUGAAAUCCUCCUUUACAUCAAAACUUAAACUUCCAAAGUCUCCUAGUUCACUUACUCCAUUCUCUCAACAUGAUUUUUCAAAGACUUUACCCUCAGUUGGACUUUGGACACAGUCACCCAUACUAUGGAUUAGAGGCUGAGAUGGAGCUCCUAACCUGGAGAUAAGCUUGAAUUGUUUCCUUUUCUCCUUCAGUUGAGUCCUUUUGAUAUGGAUGGAAGGACUGACAGUUGGCUGCAAUCCACAGCUUGGAUUAGGAUGUUUCGGAUAUAUUGCUCUCAGCUUUUUUCCCUGGCACCAUAACAGUCAUUGUCUGAAGGAUGGGAAAGAGACAUGGCAACUACUUUACAAGUUCCUUUGUAAAAUCAUGUAGAUAUCUUCCAUGUGAUUGUACAACAUAAGCUGUUUUUUCACCACAUUUUUGGAUUUUUUUUUCUGUUUUUUUUUUUUUUUUAUAUAUAUAUAAUUUAUUAAACAAAAGGCAUUCUGAAUAAACAGGAGCAUUUUGUGCACUCCCACAGGCCCUAAUCUAGGCCUGUUUGGCCUUACAAAAGGGCCUCUUUCAGGGGCAAAAGGGAGGCAUACAAGAAAUCUGGAAACGGAAACGUCUUUUCAAUAUCCUGAAGAGAACUGAUCAGGAAUACAGAAACAACAGCCAAGCGCCCGUAGUGUGGCGGUGACAUGGCUGCAGAACACGGUGAGCUGCUGGCCGAGAUGGCCACCGUCGGACGCCUGAGUGCAACUGAGCGCUUGAAGCACGCCCAGAAGCGGCGCGCUCAGCAGCUGAAGGCGUGGGCACAGAUGGAAAAGGAUGCAGUGCGAGGAUCAAGGGCCAAAGCAGACAAACGGAAGAAGGCACGGACCAACAAAGUGAAGUUUCCCAACACUAUUACCCUGCUGGAUGCUGCUGCACGCUGUGACCUGGAUGAAGUGAGAGAACUACUCAACAGUGGUGUCAGCCCAGAUCUGGUCAAUGAGGAUGGACUCACAGCUCUACAUCAGUGCUGCAUUGAUGACUUUGUGGACAUAGUGCAGUGCCUGCUGGAUGGCGGUGCCUGUGUGAACGCCUGUGACAGUGAGCUGUGGACACCGCUGCACGCUGCUGCCACCUGUGGACACACUGGGCUUGUGCAGCUCCUGAUACAGGCUGGGGCUGACCUGCUGGCUGUCAAUGCAGAUGGUAAUAUGCCCUAUGACCUCUGUGAAGAUGAGGCCACGCUUGAGCUGCUGGAGAUGGUGAUGGCUGAGCAGGGUAUAACUCAGGAGCGCAUCGAUGAAUGUCGAGGGGCUAAAGAAGCGGCCAUGCUGACCGACGUUCAGGCUCUGGUUCAAAAUGGAGCUGACCUAAACACUCAGGACGAUAAUGGAGCGACUCUGCUCCACAUAGCGUCGGCUAACGGCUACACAUCUGUGGCAGAGCUUCUUCUCGAGCACAGAGCUAAGGUGGAAGUGAAGGACUGUGAUGGCUGGACACCGCUACACGCUGCCGCCUGCUGGGGACAAAUCCAAAUGGUAGAACUUUUGGUGGCCCAUGGAGCCAGUUUAAACACCAAGUCUAUCCUGGAGGAGACUCCUCUGGAUGUGUGUAUGGAUGAUGAGGUCAGAGCCAAACUGAUGGAAUUGAAGCACAAACAUGAUGCCAUCAAGAGGAGCCAAGACCGGCAGAAAGGAUCCCUGCAAAGACGAGCCUCCAGUGCUGGAAGCAGAGGUAAGGUGGUACGUCGUGUCAGUGUGAAUGAGCGCUCCAGUCUGUACCGGCGGGAGCAUCACAAAGAGGCCAUGGUGUGGCAGGAGCGAGGUCGACAGCCAGAGCCACAGGACGACGAUGAGGACCGACAAACAGACAAUGAGCUCCACCAGCAUGCCACCAUGGUUGCCGGUGGAGAAGCCACAUCACGUUUAGAAGAACUGGAGGCUGCAGACAGGAAAAUAAUGUCCAACCUUGGUAAUGGAGGGACCUCUGUUUCUCUGGCCUCCUCUGUACCAGGAGAGCUGUGGACUGGUGGAGGUCUCAUGGAGCGUAGCGCCUCCUACCAGCUCAGCCCUGCGUCAGCAGCCGGGUCGGGAUCAGGUUCUGGUACCGCAGACAAUGAGGUGGCUGACAAUAUGACUCGUGAGAAAUCUCACCACACCCUGGCCGACCUAAAACGCCAGAGAGCAGCUGCCAAGCUCAAUAAAUACCCAGCUCCUCCACCGCCGCUGCCCCCCACCGUAGAGGAGCAGCCUUCUAGUGCAGCGACCGAGGCAACAACCUCUCAGACACUGACAGAGGUCCAACUGACACCCAUUCCAGUGGAGGAGGUGUCACCAAACCAGGUUUACUUCACCCAUGCCAGUGGAGAUCCUCCACUGCUGAAACUCAGAGCACCUGAGGAGGAGCAGCCGACCAAUAAGGAGCCGUGCUGUGGACUCAUGUAGACAGACUUGAACAGAGACACUCACUGCCUGCAGAGAAGAGAACUGGCAGUGUAACACUCCAAGUGGCAAAAAAAGCUUAGAAAAAAGGUGUGCUUGAAAUGGAUUAUUAAGAUUGUACGUUAGGGCCACAUGCCAAUAACAGAUUACUCUAAACUUAAUUUCAGUGGAGUGAGGCACAACCUUUGUGCUUCUUAAACUCCGAUCGCUGCACUCAUGGCACUGAAAGUCUUAGGCAUGCCCUGAUUUGGAGGAUUUACGGUUUGUAGGACGUCAUUUCUUUAAUAGUAACUCACAGGAGAAUUUGAGAUUCAGUGUUAAAAUCAAAACAAAGUUUCCCUUUUCUGUGUUCAUGACCUUACUCGUUGCUUACUCACAAACGGUGCAAAUUAAAUUGAAAAGCUUUGAAUCAUGAGAUUAUUUAUGUAAAGCUGAAUAAAAUCAAGCAGCAGCUUUAAGAUAUAAAUGAUAAAUUUUCAGUUUUCUCGACUGUCACUAUGAAGGGUACAAAAUCUAUGAAUGCUCACUUCUACUUUAUAAUGGUGAGAUUUAUCUGGCUGGGAGAAUGCUUGGUCAUGGUAGUUUACAUACUAGCUACUCUGAAUUUUAUAUUCAAUGAAUGUGUCUUUGAAUUAGGUUUUUUUUUCAUGAACUCAAAAUUGUAUGGCUUUUCUUUUAUUUUUUUUCCAGCACAAAAUGUCUACAUUUCAUUAUUUGUUAUGGUGCAAUUUAUUGAUUAGGUGUUUGUGAAGGAAUGUGAGCUAAUCUAUAUUUAAAUCAUUGAAUCACCCAGCCUAUCUUUAUCAAUCUCAGAUUUCUAUUUUUCUGUCAGUAUUUCUAUUUUUCUACCCCAUAAUUGAAUCACAUUAUUUAUUCUAACACUGAAUAUUACUGAGGGCGUACAUCUCCUGUACCUUAUUGUAAAGAUAAGAGUUUAGGCAAGGUAUUUAUCAGAGAUGAUACAUACAUUUUUUUAAUCAAACCAAUAAUUAUGUGCUUAAUAUUUGUGCCUUCCUUAAGUAGCAGAUUUGUUAUCAUUCUGCAAAGCUUGCACAAAGUCCCAUAUGUUAAAUUGGUGAGGAGUGGGAUGAAAUGAUGUAAAUACUGUGUGAGACAUGGACUCCAACUUGAUGUAUCAAUUUACUGCAGUUUCUUUAUUGCAUCUUGUGAUUUUUACUGAGCCCUAUUUAGAAAAAUAACAAAAUUCAAAAAAUAAUGCUCAAAAACGAGUUUUGUAUUAUUUUUCUGUUUAUUUAAAAGGGACAGAACACAUUAAUGUACAAAAGCACAAAAGACAAAUGUUAACAUGCUGGAGUAAGCAAAACUACUAAUUUACAUCCAUAGUCCCU